AUGGACGACAAUAUUGCCUCUAAUAAUGGUCCAACUGUCAUCCAGUCAAUUAAAGAGUGGCUCUCAACCUGCGACACGCACCACACUGGUACCUGCUCCAAGCCGUGUUCAGCCCAAAGCAAACAAUCGACAACCUCUUGGUUGGUUGAUAUCAAAGAUCGUUGCUUAGUACGAGGAAGCAGUUCAGCCGAGUAUGUCGCUCUCAGCUACACUUGGCGCAACAAGACAAGUGAGAUGGUCAGCGGGGCCGAGUUGCAGCUGCUCCGUAACAACAUUGACUUGCUGACUUUGGCCAACGCACUGGAUCAACAAAAUUCAAAGAUUCCAAAAGUCAUCUUGGAUGCUAUGGAGUUAACGGGAGCAAUUGGGAAAAGAUAUCUAUGGGUGGACAGGCUCUGCAUUAUUCAGGAUGAUCCUGAAAAAGCAUCGGAGGUAGCAUCAAUGGACCGUGUCUACUCUGGUGCCUACCUGACAAUAAUUGCCGCAGCCGACUAUGGAAUGCUUUCUUCACCUGAGCAGACAAUCUUCUGUCCUAGAUUUGAGAGGAGCACGGCACAUUUUCACAUGGGAGCUCGCACUGACAGCAUGAAAAGGGAAGACCGCAUCAAGUUUUACUACUGGGAAGUUUCGUUAUCUGAAUGGGCGAAAAGAGCCUGGACAUACCAGGAAUACAUCCUAAGUAAGCGGGUUGUCUUCUUCCUGAACACUCGAAUAUUCUGGCAAUGCGAGUGUGCAACCUGGGACUCAGAUGUUCUUCGGCCGGAAGAGGGCGAUCAUACGCAGGCUAUGAUGUUAUUGGACUUGGCACCAAUGAGGCAGUUUCUAGCACCGACUUGGCCCGACCUUGGGAUGUAUGUGGACUUGAUCUGCCCCUACAACGGACGAGAGUUAUCAUAUGAGAAGGAUGGUCUCUCAGCAUGCCAAGGAAUCUUGAGCCAUUUAGCUCCCGCAUUCCCAGGGGGCUUCGUAUUCGGGCUCCCGAGGCUUUACCUGGACUAUGCCCUUCUCUGGCAACCGCUAAAGGGCGGCUGCUAUGGGACCGGACACUCAGUCCGAAGACCUUCGCUCCCCUCCUGGGCAUGGUGCGGAUGGCAAUGUUUCGUUGACCCGCAGAGCUUGGAACCAGCGAUGAAUAACGACCAAAAUAGGCGCGACAGAGAAACCACCGAAACCUGGAGACUGCAAGACCCUGUCGCCUGGGAACUACCAGCAAAAAGUCCCGAGCGACCUGCACUGUCAUGUAACCUGAUUUCGGCUCAGGUGUCACGAGCCUUCUUUCUUCCCGCAGCCACUUUAGAGAUUUGCAAAGUGCGAUUUAGCAUCCGUGAGUAUUCGGCAUUCUUGACAGCAGCCAAAAACCCGACCCUGACCCAGACAUACCUGCACGAAAUGCCCGAUGUAGUGGUUCUGCGAAACUCAAAGAGGAAACUUUCAGGCCUACUACGGAUUACAGGCAAUGCGAAGUGUAACCCGAAAGAGCUCAUCGAACUUAUUGCAAUCUCAAAGGGCAGUGCAGAUGGAAGAUAUAUGCGGACCUGCUUUGAGGAGAAAGUUUUGCGGAAAAGUACGUAUGGGACCAAUGGGACAGGGUUGUGGCCAUUCAAGCACAGGGAUGCGAAUGGGAUGCAUUUCCACGCUGCGUAUGAUUCUGCUGGGCGAUGGAUUGUUAGUGACGAUCAGCAAGACUCAGACGAAACCUAUGUAGUUUGUGCUAAGGGGGACUACAAGAAGGAUCUAGAACUGCUGGAGUAUAAGGAUGAUCAGGAGUACCAGUUCUACAACGUUUUAUGGGUUCAGCGCGGGGAUAAUAAAGUGGCAUAUAGGGCUGGAUGUGGACGCGUGUUGGCGGAAGCUUGGGAGGGAAAUAAUCCAGAAAAUCGAGAUAGGCUACUGAUUACCUACGGGCGGUUAUCGGAUAGCGUGGGUCAGGGCGACUGGGAUACUGUAGCCCACGAUGAUAAUGCCUGGAUUGAUGAAGCAUUUGCAGGCAUGCUGCCUGAGCUCAUGUCAUUUGGCCUCAUACCGAACGCUAGCACUACAUCAACCCAGACGCCAGAACUUCUGCAAAUGGCAGACGAUUUCGGCACUGCAGCCGAGACGGCGGGUUUAAGCCCAGGAGAGAAAUUGCAACAAGAGCAGGAUGUUAUAGCAUCACCCAUAGCAUCUUUACCGAUGGAUACGAACCAACAGCAAACCGUCUCAUCUCAACCAGUUCAGGUCGUAGAGACGCCUCAGCCUUACACUUCAACAGUUGUCGAUCGACCAUUCAACGAUUACAGUACCAUUCUUGUCGAGUACUACUUUAAAGACACAGCCGCUAUACUAGCCCUAUACGACAGCGAGAUGAAUCCGUUCCGAUCAACGGUCUCUCGCGCAUGGGCAUCCUCUGAGCUCAUCUACUGUACACUACAGAGCAUGGCUGCGUCAUUCCUCUCCAACGUCUAUCCCCAGUUGCUACGUACCGGGCUGUAUUUCCGACAAAAGGCUAUCCAUCUUCUGAACGACCUCGAUGACUCUGUAAUCCAUGAGCAGGCGCUGAUUGCGUUAUUCAUGAUCGGUGGAACAGCUAGUUGGUUCGACGUCAAUGACACCGGAUCCGAGUAUUUUCGCCGCCUCAAGAAAUAUGUACAGAGUUUGAAGACUUCGGGUCGCAUGUCGCCAACGGGGCAUAGUCAAGCCUUUUUCGAGAACACUUUGGCGUGCUGGGAAAUGUUUCUAGCCUUUGUUGUCGAUAACGACGAAAACGAAAUUUUCGACACGCCGCAUUUCCCGCUGUUGACGGCAGACCAAGACCCAGAACCUGGAUCAAUAUUCCCCGUUGUCCAGAUCCCCCAUCCCGUAACUGGAGUCGCGCACGAUAUCCAUUCUACUCUCGCAAGGGUCGGUCGUUUGGUCAGAAGAAAUCGUCGUCGCGCCAUGUCCAAGCAAUUCCUCACCCGGGAGAGUAUUCUAGAGGCACAUCGCGAGGUUGACGAAGCCGCGGAACUAGAGGUAUUUCUCACCAACCUGCAAGUUCCGUUGGAGUCGGCGAUAGUGCAAACGGGAGACUCACAGACACCGACCUGGCAUCUCACAGCUCUCGCAGAAGUAUACCGUUUCGUUGGUCUUAUUCAGCUAUAUCACGUCUUUCCCGACACUCUUGUAUCGCGGAUGAACCUCCAGAACUCACAUGCUGGGGGAGAAGUCGCCGAAAUAUCCGCGCAUGAAGCGGAGGAGAGACUGAGACAGUUCACGCUCAAGGCCGUCGAAAUCCUCCGUUCAAUACCUGCUGAAUCUGGGACCAAGGACUUUCAUCCAUUCUUGAUCGUCGCUGUAUGCAGUGCACUUACAAUUCCAGUUGUUCAAGUAUCGGCUUCUCCGCAGAGCAUGGCGGGUUUGGGGAACUCGUUGGCUCUAGUGGCGGCUGAUGUGCACCGGGCGCGGGGAUUCUUGAGGGGUCGACUACAGCUUCUGUUGCAUUCUCUACCGAAGAACCCAAUCCAGCGAUGUAUCGAUAUUGUUGAAGCUACGUGGGCGGAGACAGAUAAUCGUUCUGGGAGUUCAGGACGACCUGCGUACUGGAUGGAUGUGAUGAUGCAGAAUAACUGGGAGACUUUUAUGGCAUAA